GGCUGACCACUCUGCUGCAAGACUGAAGCUGUGGGGACUGAAGAGGAGGUCUGCGUUCAGUAAAGAGGGAGGGUUCAAGAGACGAAGAGAAGGAGGAGGAGGAGACAGGAACAAAAAGAAGCCAGUGAAGCAGAGAGAGACAGAGAGAAGGAAGUAGUGAUACAGAUGAUCACAGACUGCUGCCGUUUAAAGAUGGAUUUAACAUUUCUUCAAACUCUGGAGAGAGAAAGAGUCCUGGAGGUUCUUCGGAGAGACCAACAGCUGCGUACUAUUGAAGAGGACAGGAUAAGGAGGAUGAAACAUGACCUCCAGGAGCUUCGGAGGAGAGGUGCGAAGAGUUUCUCCCGGCAGUACGGUGAGCGGACCUGCGCUCGCUGCCAGAGGCCUCUGGGAAAACUGUGGAACUCCGGAGCGGUGUGCCGCGGCUGCAGCCACCGCAUCUGCAGCCGGUGCCGCGUGGGAGCGGAGGACUGGAAGUGCACGGUCUGCCACGCUUACAGAGAUGUCAAGUUCAGGUCUGGAGAGUGGUUCUUAGAGGAGAGGGCUAAGAAGUUUCCUUGCACCACAGACAAAUAUGAGAUGGUUGGAGACAAACUAUUAACGACCUACAGUGUGUUCAGUCACAUAUCAGUAGUGCCUCCGACUCCUCCGCCCUACUUAUUAUCAGAUUAUGCGUUUCUGAGCAGACAUGGGGAUUUAAAAAACUCAAAACCUUUUACCAAAUCUAUGGAGGAUCUGAUGGAUUCCUUCACCAGUCAUAUUAAAAAGAUUUCCACCUCUCAGAACGAUGUGCGAGGAGACCUGCUGAGUGUGGACAACGACCAGAGAGACUCCAAAUUGAGCACCCAGAAGAGCCUCUCUGAAACUGACAUCAGCAAAUCUAGCAGGCUCUUUAAAGGCCCCAGUCUUCCAAACCUGUUCAAGAAAAGCAAAGACAGCGACCAGGAGGGCUCGUCCACCGGGGCGGAGGAAGAAACUUCCUGUGGUUCUGAGUACUCCGGAGGAAAGAGAGGCAGCAGCUGCAGCAUCCUCAGCACAGACUGCCUGUUGGAGAGCGUCAGCAUGGACGGAGAGCUGGAGCUGGCUCUGUCCUACAGCAGCGACUCGUCCUGUCUGGAGAUCACCGUCGGGUGCUGCAGAAAUCUCUCCCACGGAGAUGCCAAGAAGAAGAAGUGCCACCCGUACGUCAAACUCUGCAUGCUGCCGGGAAAGAGCGGCAAAAUGAAGACGACAGUCAAGAAAAACAUGACGAAUCCGGUUUAUAAUGAAGUAUUCAAGUUUCCCAUAGAGCGCCACCUGCUGCUUGGAAAGAGACUGCAGGCCUCUGUGUGGCAUUCAGGGACCCUGAGAAGGAAAGUGUUUCUCGGUGAGGCCCUCUUCCCGCUGGAUGGCUGGAGGUUUGAGGACAAGACUUCCCAGAGCUUCAACUGGUACCCACUUUGUCACAAGGCUUCAGAGGGAAGCGCUGUGGAGCGACACGGAGGAGAAGUGCUGCUCAGAGUCAAGUUCUCCUCCUCCGAGCAGAGGGAGGUCAUGCAGCUCAGCUCCUUCAAGAGUCUGCAGGAGAAAGACACACGUCGGCAGAUAAUAUAACAUGUGAUCAUAGUUUAAUAACAACAUAUAUCCACUUGAUUAAAGCCUUAAAUAUUGAGAAAGAUAUGAUAUGAUAGUUGUCCGUUUUGCACAAAAGUUGUUUAACUUCCAUUUUUGUUAAUUUAUUAAUUAAUUUAUUGUUCUUUCUUUUAUUUCGUCCCUUACUUUCUGAAACCACAGAACGCAUUGUACAUCUUUUUGUAAUGUUUGUGAUAUUGGGCUUAAUAAAUUAACUUGAUUAAAGCUGCCUUGAUUUAACACCA